UUGGGUGGCUUUCAUGCCAGAUCUUGUUUACAGCAUUGGUUAAUUGGUCUUUAAAUAAAAGUGGUAUUUAACAAAGAACAUAUAGCUGUAAAUUGUCAGUCUAAACGGAUAGAUAAACAGCCAUGGAUCAUCCGCUGGUCAUAUUUGCUGUUUCAGUAAUAUUUGGCUUUCUGGUCUGCGGUGAGGCUCCGUUUGUUAAAAUGACGAAUGCGGUGUGCAAGUCCUAUAAUCAAUCGUGGGUUGUGGUUCAUUACUGCCGCCUGAAGGCCUAUUCCCGAUCCAAGACCAGCUUGAAUAUAAAUGCCACGUUCAUAGAGCCAGCUAAUAAUAUAUCAGUGCAUGCGAAGACGAUGAAGAGGGCCAAUGGGUAUAAGCCCUUUUUGUUCGACUUCACGAUCGACGCCUGCGAAUUCAUGCGAAGGCGGAACCACCCAGUAGCCAAGAUAGUCUGGAACAUGAUCAAGAAUGUGUCCACCGUCAAUCACACGUGUCCCUAUGAAGGCCUGCAGAUGGUGAGCGAUUUUCACCACAUCGAAGUUCCUAUUCCACUGCCAUCUGGAGACUAUUUGCUUUUGAUAGACUGGUUGUUCGACGGCAAACCGCAGUUUGCCACGAAUGUAUACUUCACAUUUGUUGAGGACUUGUUGCCGACCAGCUCGAAGCACAGAAGGAGCUCCCUGAGUUUCAGAAUUGAUGUUUAGAAGCUAUUCACAAAAGUACGGAACUUGA